GCGGCACUCUUGCCAUAAAAUUUACAAAAGCAAAACACGAAUUAGAUGUAAUUAAGUGCAUUUAAAUUUUAUGCCUACGUGAUUUACCUGUGCUGCCCAUUGCCAGUGCUGAAGGUGUACGUACAUACGUGCUGAUAACGGUAACAAGUGGCAAUAAUAUAGAAUAAAUUAAUACAAAGAAGGGCUUGGCCAGGCGAAAAAGGGAAAAGUAAAUAGCCGGAAAAGUGAAACGGGAAAAGUGCAGAGCCAGCCAAGUGCACAAGCUUGUUGCACAUCGACUCCUGCCACUGCCACUGCGAAAGCGAGUACCAGGGCCAGAGCCAGUGCCAGUCCCAGUGCAAGUGUGUUAGUGCGCGAGUGUCCUGAGAAGCCACAACGUCGUCCUCAAAACCAACGACGUCGUCUGCUGCUGCCGCCGCCGCCGCCGCCGCUGCACGCCAGAGCCCACCCACAGGAGCAGGAGCGGUAGUUGCUGCAGGGAGCAAUCAACGCAGCGGCGGACGCAGCGGCCAGCGACGUCGCAGUAGCAGCAGUAAUCCCCACGCCGGCACAACGAAAGCGACCAGUGGUAGCGGUGGAGCUGGCAGCGCCGGCGGAGGCGGUGGCGGCGUCAAGCAGAGCGUCAGUCGCAACAGCAACAUCCGGAGCAGCAGCUCCAACAGCACCAUGGCCUCGGCCAACCAUCGGAGCGGGCGUGGCGGCGGGGCCGUGGCCGGCGCUGGUGACGGCAACGCCAUCGUGGGCCUGCAGAUCGGCUCAGCGUGGUUUCAGCGCAAAAUCAAUCUAAGGCCACAGCACCGCGGCGUCCAUCUGGUGACCGAGGAGAUACUCAGACAGAUGCCGGAGCUGGCGCACUUCUCCGUGGGACUUUGUCAUAUGCAGAUUCUUCACACCUCGGCGAGCUUGGCGUUAAACGAAAGCUGGGAUCCAGACGUCAGAGACGAUAUGGAGAUGAUGUUGAACAAAAUAGUUCCCGAAGGAUUGCCCUAUAGACACUCGUGCGAGGGACCCGACGACAUGCCCGCACACGUGAAGGCCUGCUUCCUGGGCAGCUCACUGACAAUCCCCAUUACGGACGGCAAGCUCUCGCUGGGCACGUGGCAGGGCGUCUGGCUGUGUGAGCACCGGGACCAGGCCGGCUCCCGAAAGCUGGUGAUCACGCUGACUGGCUGCCCGCGCGAGCAGGCCCGCAGCCCGCUGUCACCCGUCUCGCCCAUCGCCAGCACGUCCAGUUAGGGGCGGCCUCGCUCCACCCGCGACAGCCGGUAAUCGCGGGGGAGCGACAAUAAUGACAUCAUUUCGUCGAGGAGGUUGAUACUACAAAAGAAUUUAGCUAAGGCAACGGCACAGCAGAGGGCGGCGGCCGUCAUAGCCGCCGGCCGUGGAUUGGGGGGAGGAGCGGGCGCACCACCGAAUGUGCCUGGCGUCGAGACGAAGACGAGCCGCCUGCUGCUGCGGCAGCAGCUCCACCUCAAUCUCAAUUUGAAUGUGCAGGAGACGUUGCAGGAUGGCGUUGAUAUUGAUGAUGUUGAUGAGGAUGUCUGCGAUGACGAAGAGGCUGAGCGCCAACUGGAGGAGCAAGAGGAGGAGGAGGAGGAACAGCUUAGCUCAGUCGUCGCGGACAAUGAUCAGGGCAGUGGGCGUUGCCAUCGUGCUGGUGAUAAUCUACGAACCGUCACAACAGUGCCUCAACUUAACGAACAACCUACAACUAAGAUCACCGCAACCAGAACACCAUCGGCAGCAUCCAGUUCAUCGGCAGCCGCAGCAUCAAGUGCAUUAGCUAAAUUCAACCGCAUCAUCGACUCAACCCUGGAAAGGGCCCCAGCGGCAAUGGGGGCAGUGACAACGCUGCCCCAGCUGAGCAGUGCCACACUGCAACAGCGCUUCAAUUUGGCCUAUCCAGAGUUGAUUCCCCAACAGCAGCAGCAGCAGCAGCAACAACAGCAGCAGCAGCAGCAUGAUGCGAUCAGGACGAUCAACAGCCUCAAGGGGACACCAAGAUUAGAUCGUGGCUCAGGCGCCGUUGCCAGCACUCCAUUAACAUUUGCAGCACACAGAUCGAUAGCAACGGCGCAGGAGGAAGAACAAGGAGCUGGAAGAGCAGCAGAACCAGCAGAAUCAGGAGAGGAAGAGGAGGAUAACGAAGCAGUCGCCCUUAACGAUGAUCAUCCCCACCACGACGAGGAUAAUCAAAUGAAACGAAAUGAUGUGCAUUAUUUGUUGAAACAGUUAAAUAGUUUUAGUGAUAUAGAAGAAAUAGAAAUUGUUGAUAUGAAGCAAAGACAACAGCGUCCGCCUCCGCGUCCACGUCCACCCAUGGCGUCGAGCUCGUUGAUAAUGAUGCCGCCGUCGCCGCCAUCACCAUCCACGCAGUCCCACAAGCAGAGCCAGCGCUUUGCCUCUGGCGGGCAUAACUCCAGUGCCGCCAGCUCGGUGCGGCUGCAGCAGUUCGAUGACUAUCUGUUCGAGUCCUGCCACUACCUGGAGACAAACUACUUUGCCGCUACCUAUCGCACUGCCAUGGUCGAGAGCAGCUCGCACGAGUUUCGGCCCUCGACCAACAGCAGCUCAAACAGCUUUGAGUUGCACGAGAUGGAGCCGCCCAGUGUCAUCUGCAAGGCGGGUGCGCCCCUGGCCGCGACUCCGCCGCCACAGUACCAGUACCAGGCGGAGACGCGGCUGACCACCAGUGGCGUGCAGACGGAGCUGACUGUGGAGUCGCUGGCCAAGAUCAGCAACAGCGCCAGCAGCUCGUCCAGCACGCGGGCGCCCCCUUUCUUCAGGUGUUGCUACACGCCCAUCGACCGUUGGCGGGAGCGUCGACUGGUGGCGCGCCAGCAGAAGACCUCCGCCCCCUCGAAAUACGGGCAGGCGAGUCAGAGCCAUCCAGUCUGACACUGGGACAGGCUCUAGUUCAGAGAUUGAGAUUCAACAUGUGCCUGGCUAAUUUAUUUGGUCGCUGUUCUCAUUUGCGAUAUCAACAAGAGAUUCCAUUUCGAUCGACAGUCGUUACACGAGCCACCCAAUACCCAAUCCAAUCAUUCGCUGGAACGUCAUUCUAAACGUCAUUCCGCUUAACGUGAACGUAAACAAUUAUUAGUAACAAUUUUUCAUACGCCAGCAGACACGAGCCACACAGAUAGACAUUUGCACAUUUUUGCAAUACACGGGAACGUAGUCAGCUCCAAAUAAGUUGUUCACAUGAAUGAAAUGUUUAACAGAAAAUUAAAAUGAAGAAAAUUAUUACUAAAUUACAUGUGAAAUGGUUCAAACGCUUCCCCAACUUCAGCAGAUGCUUCAAGGAUUUGCAAAUUCUCUGUCAGGGAUUUCUUUCAGGUGAAUGCAAAAAUUGUACGAGUGGUUAGGAAUUUUUCAGUAGACAGAAUAUUGUUAAAGAAUUAAGCAAAGCGUAGACGAGAGAGAGAGAGAGAGAGCUUGUAUAGUAAGAUGAUAACUAAAGAAAUUGUGAAUAAUGUUAAUUAAAGCUAAAGCGUCGUCAAAUAGAAGGAGGGACGCGCACGCCGUGCAUAUUUGUGUGUUCAAUCCCAGCAUUUUAACCUCUCCUGUUCGUUUGUCUGUCUAUACUCGUAUUACAUGCAAAUAAAAAAAUACUCCUAGAGUUUUGAAACCGGUGGCGUGUGCGUUACGUUAGAUUAUUGAUACAUAAACCAAACAAAAGCAAUUGUUACAUCAAUUAGACACAAUUUUAUUGAUUUACACUCUAAGCAACAAAAUCGUUCUGUUUCUGUUUGAACUAGACCUUCGUUUUGGACUCGUAAGCUUAUAAGGAAUUGUUGUUACAGCAGAGGAGAAUUAAACUCCAAAAGGACUACUAGACGCAAAGGAUCGAUCGCUAAACUCUUAACUCGUUUGACCAAGAGCAAUAUUAGUUUUUAAACCAGUUUGAAAAUGUCAAUUUUGUUUGGAGCCAAUGCGAUUACACAAGUGUUUUGAAAUAUAUCACGCGCGAACUUAAUGCGCCUCAGAUCACGCUUUAGUUUACCAAAUAAAUACGAUAGUUACGAUUUGCCAGAUUGUUGAAACUCAACCAAAACAUAAUUUAUUUCGCUGCCCGACUGAGGUGCGCUUUCUGGGCUUUCGGCUGAGUUGAGUUGAGUUCUUCCAACGGAAAAGUAAGCCCCUAGGACCCUUGUUCACCCUUGUGGGGUACAUAUGUAUGUAUGUACUCGUAUAUGCGAGCAUGAAACCAAACGAAUGUUUAAAAUACAAAUAAUUUUAAAGGAGGAAUCACAGAAACCGAACAAAUGCCUUUUACAUGCCCACACGUCACUAACACUACACGAAAAGUCUCCCGAGAACGGUAUAUGAUCAACUGGAAAUGAAAUUGAAAAGCUAAGCAAACCAAUGUUAGUGGAUAAUAAGAGAGGAGGAGCGUUACGGUUUACAUGAUAUUAUAUUCGUAAUGUCUGCGAAACUACAAGCGAAGCUAAUUUGUUUAGAAUAUAUGUAUAUCAACCUGUUGAUUAUGUUAAUCAUUAACAAAAGACAUAACGAGAUAUGUUGUUUGGGUCGAGGAGAACCAUAACCGCCAGUAAAACGGUCUAUUGUUGUAUGUUUUAUUCGAAGCGCACGAAAUGAACUAAACAUAAAACAUCAACGAGCAAGAUGGAGAAACUGAAGCUAAAGUGAAAUUUUUGUAAACUUUUUGAUAUGUGAUGAUGAUUUGGAUAAAUUACAGCCACAAAGGAAAGAAUUAUUACCUUAACCUAGCCCUAGAUAUCUAAACUAAUUACAAAUGUGUAGCGCAAACGCAAGUAAGCAAAGCAAAGCAAAGUAAAGAAGACAAGAGAAGAGAAGAGAAGAACAGAGCCAGCCGAGGAGGGCUAGUCUAGUUACAGUCUAAGAUGGAUAAAAUUGUUAUGCAAUAAGUAGUCUCGGCCAGCCGAAGCACCAAUCAGGGUUCCUUUCGGGAUGGCAUGAGAUGGGAUGGCAGGUCUAUUGAUCUGGCCCAAAGGUCCUUGGAAGGAACUAUAUUAGCAAUAUAUUCAUGGCAAUUCAAUUGUAUUAACGACAUUGAUAAAUCUGAUGUGUAAGCAAAUAGUGAAUGCAUGUAGGAGACUAGUUAAUGGUUAAUGAACCCCCGCAACCAGAGGGGGAUGACAGCAACUCAAUUCGAUCAAAUUGAAAUGAAUACUAAACGUAGAUAAGCGAGUAAGUAGUAAAUUAUCCAAUUGUAAAUAGGAUUUCAUUUGAUUUGAUUUGGUUUGGUUUGUUGAAUGUUUUUUGGAUUCGGAUGAAAUUUUGUUUUCUCAUUACAAAUAUAUACAAUUUAUUAGAAUCAAGAUUAAACACACACAGACACAUACACACGAAAAAGCUUUAAUUAAUUUAAUUACAAGACGAAACCCCAAAAGGAAUGUAAUACAACGUGUAUUUAAGAAUAAUCAAUUUUGAUAUCAUUCCCAUUGAUAGCGAAUUCCAUUGUAGAUACCUAUUGAGCAGCGGUAAUUAAUUAUUUCAUUAAUUAAUUAACUAGCCAGCUAUGUUGUCAAUGGCAACGCCUAUUGUGAGUUCUAAAUAUUGCAUCUGAUAAAACAAUAACGAAGCAUAAAACUAGAUAUAAAUCCAAACAAAAGGCAAAUAAAAAUACGAUUAUACAAAAGAACAGAGCAGAACAGGCCUACGAACACCACAUGCAUACAUACAUACGUACACACAUACAUACAUACAUACAUAAUCCACAACAGAACCACACACACACACACACAACUCGAAUACAAAGCUUUUAUAAAACUAUUUAACAACAAAUAUAUUAUAUAUAUAUGUACUAUGGAAAAUAAUAAUCCUGCCAAGUAACAUUCGAAUACCUGCUUGAAGAAGAUACACCCGCUUUUGCUAAGAAAACUAAAAAAAAAAAGAACAGAGAUUUAAUAACGAAAAACGGAAAUAAAACGAAACCAAAAAAAAAA